CCAUCAGCCACAUAGGUUUUUUCGAUUACGUACCAGUGUUUUUCCCCCGUUGUACCUUGACUUCUCCAUCCCCGAGUGGUGCUGUGCUGUGUGUCGUCACCUGCUUCCGGAUGGCAAAGUUACGAAGCAUCUUCAAAAAACACCUGAUCCCUAAUCUGGAGCGCAAAUGUCGCCUGUGCCUGUCGGAUAAGGAAAUCGUACAGUCGAUCUUCCAGUCGGACAACAGCAAGGAAACAACCGACACGCUAGUAGAGAAGAUCUUCGAAUGUACCGCAAUCAUGCUCUCCAAAGACUACGACUACCCUUCCCCUAUCUGCGAGGAUUGUGCACUAAAGCUGGACGAGUUCUUGCUAUUUCGCACGAAAUGCUUGCGGAGCAACGAGAUCUACCGAUUCAAUCGACUUCACAAGCAGCGGCUUCUGUUUACCAGGAAACCGGUCACGGCAGAGGACAGUGGUGGAAUACCUUGUGAAAAGCUGGAUAGUGAGUCUACUGCAUCAACAGACGAGCCGGAUGUUACUGGUGGUGUUGGUGGUGAUGUGUAUCCCAACGAGGAAAUUACUAUCCCUUUGCCCUACUCAGUUCCUGCCGUGGUCAUUGCCGAGGCUAGUGGAUCGAGCAGCUCCGACAGUCGGACAGUUAUCGAGCAGGAACGAUGUACUGCCGAAGGUGAUCCGGAACAGGAUCACAGUUCGAUCGUGACGCUAACGUUGCAAAACGGAGAGGAAGAAGUUACGGAAAGUCCCUCAAUACAACAACAACAGCAUCAGCAACAAGAGAAUGAAACGGGAUGCAACGGGAACCAUCAAGGUUCGGCCUCGUCCGGGUUGGACGAACCAGAGGGUGAGGAGAUCCCGCGUUGGAAGAAGCCACCGGAUCCGGACGAUAGUGAAAGCACCGGACGGUUAUCUCCCGCACCCGUAGUACUUCUCGUGGAUGAAACGGACACUACCAUAAGUGAGGCUGAAGAUGUUGAGGAAGUGAUACUACUACCUGCGGAGCUGCUGGACCCUUCCCCGACGACAGGUGACGAACUGGAACGGGUGGAGAUGAUCGGCGACGUAAAGUUCCCGAUCGAAACGAUUGAGCAGCUCGACCAGCUGGAACGAUUAGUUCGAACGUGCGAUACGGCGAGGGAGCGCUAUAUUACUCUGCUGCGACGGCUGAAAACACACGAUACCUCGUUCAGUGACACAUAUCAACGGUUGUUUGCGGACCGGCUGCUGAUUCACUACAACUACGAUGGCAUCUCGCCUAAGUACAACAAACGACCACUGAAGACGUUGCUACUGUUCACGGAAUGUAUGGCUGUGGCCUGGGAGGACCAUAUGGAUGCCGGUAGGGUUAGGGAGGCUGUAAUUGAGGCUGUGAGAAAAUCCCAUAAUCGCUACAAUCAGUACAACCAUCGGAAGGUAAGGAUCAUUGGUCUGUUUGUUUGUAGAUGGUUCUUUUAUACUCAUAUUUCUUCAUAUUCCCAUUAUCUAAUGUCCUUCGUCUAGCGUGCCAGCUACGAAUGGUUAUAGCUGAAGAUACCCCACUAAGUAGCGGUUCAAGUGAGGGAGCAGAUGAAUCCACAAACUGCCAGCGAAGAAGCCGCAUUAGUUAAACGUUUUAUCAAAACACUCCCCAAUCCCCCUGAGGGGAGGUUUGUUUUCACUACAACAUUCACUACGACACAAUUUUCUAUGACACAAUACACAGAAUCGUACGGUUAUUAGAACGAAUAGCUAGAAAAUUGCUACCAAUAAGCAUGGUUGACUGUUGAGACACAGAGCAUAGUAGUAGUAGUAGUAGCAUAGAGAGUAAUAACAUAGACGUAAAGAGUGAGUACGCACAUCGUGUGUUUAGAGCGAAUCGAACCAACUACACCGCGCAAUUUGCAAUUACCAGUAUUACAAUGAUUGUAGUAGUCUCUAUUUAGCAAAAACUUUCACUAGUGGACUAGUGCGUGAUAUACUUAGGCAACACAAAGAACGACACUACUGACUGUAGGAGCUGAGUAGACAGACAGUGACGGUAGCAGCUCGGAUUUAAGCAGCAACGUGCUCUUAGAGAAAUUUAAAACAAACCCCAGUGAUAGUUAUGUGAAGCAACAAACAAACGUACAAUGUACUAACGUCCUGCGAACGGAAACUGCGCUUCACUUUUAUGGCAGUCAUUAGUAGCAGUAGUAGUAGUAAUAGUAGAAGUAGUAGCGAGAGCAAUACCAGUUAGAAAUUAUGUCAGUGUACACGUCAGUAUCACAUCUUUUCACGCCGUUUUAUCAGUUGCUGAUGAGUGCGUACUUUUGUUAAAAGUGUUCAUAAACUUUUGUACCUUUACAUAAGGCCUGCGUGCGUAUGUGUAUGGCGACUGUGAGAUGCCAUUUUUGAACCGUUUUAUUGUGUGUAUGUGUAUGUCUAGAUAGAGUGAUAACAUGAUGAAAGGGGACCAGCAUAGGACACGAUCCCCCGCUCCCAUCUCCCAGCCCCUAUGCUCCACUAAAACUCAAAUUAACUUGGGCACUGUUUGCCAUUUUAGCCUAAUUUAAAGUUUCAAAAAGAACGAGCAAUAUCUGAAUAAGCGGCCGUUCCUGCUGAAUAAACAAAACAAAUUUAAAAACGUUAAACAAUAAUGAUAACAUGAUAAAGCACACUGUGAGUGAGCAUAAAUAACGACAGCAGCAAGAACAACCGUACAGCUGUGCACUUACAUAUAGCGUCCUUAUCAAAUCAAGCAAUAUUGCACUUGCAAUCGAAUGCAACUGAGAAAUCGAGCUGUAGGGACAUGGAGCGAGCCACAUUUUCACGAAUUUAUAUUUUCAUUUUUUCACGCGUGCACAAACGUAAAGCUACAGGAGAGGGGUUUACUUUUAAAAUGAUUAUCGUACUAUCAUGAGAACGGAUUUCUCUCUAUCUCUCUCUCUCUCUUUCUUUUGUUAUAAUGUAAAGGAAAAGCAAACUAAUACUGUGAGAAAGAUAGCAACACUACAAGGGAAUAAAGUGCAAUACAAUCUUCCACAUAACGUUACACACACACACACCUUACGCCGUUGGUGGCAUCGUUUCGUUUCUUUCAAAUACCUCUCCACGGAGACACAUCACCAAUUGAGAUUUUGUGUUCUUUUUAACGUUUAAUUUCACCUGUAAUUCUGUGUAUGCGUUAGUUCUGUUGCUUCCCCUAACAUCGGAUUACAUUGUAUCAUCAUUGAUUCUGUUUUAUAUAUUGUUACUGUUUAUACGAACUUUCCGGCUUUCCCUCACGCAGGCGUAGAUGGAUAAGAUUGUAAGGUUGUAGUUGCUUUUCGGGACACAAGUUUUGUUUAAAAAGCAUUUCAGUUAAUUGAUCCGAAUUCAAAAAAGAGAAAACGAACAAGUUUUGCUGCUAACGUGCAAGACCUCACUAUCGGGGACGGCGUAUUGUAAAAAAAUUUGUGGUAAAUGGCUAGCCGUAUUUCUAAUAUCAACAGAGUGGAAAAUUAUUCACACAGUUUCUCUAAACGGAGCUUCAAAAAACCCUAACUACGUACCGGGUAGCGCGGGUUAAAGAGAAAGCGAGUAGAAUGUAACAACGUUCACACUUGAUCUCAAAAUUUUAAAAAAAAUGAAAAUUUACCACUUUUUACGCUCAUUCAUUUCGUUUUCAUAAAUUAAGUUCAUAGUUACAAUCACCGAAGCAGUGCAGCACUACAGGUUCGUUCAGAGGUAACAAACCGUAGCAAUGCGGGGGUAGCAAACAACUACAACGACUUUAUAGCGUGUUACGGUUACUGCUGGUUACAUUCACUUAUUGUUGGUUGCAUUACUGUAGUACAAAAGUGAUGAUCGGGGCAAAGGAAUUCACAAACAGAGUAACAAAAGUGAUUUAAAAAAAAAGGUCAUCCACGCACUUUGCGGAGAGGACGAGUACGAGCUAAUUACAGUAGUUUGAGUUAGAAACGGAUCUCCCACGGUCAUAUACUUUACUACCUUUUUUUGUAUUGUUUUGCUAUGCUUUUUCACCUUAACGAAGAAGGAAGUGUGCUCACUCACCACCGUUCUCUUUCUCUCUCUUGGUUGCCCUCCAUUCUAAAGAGCUUACCACUGUGCAAGCAAAAGUGUCGCAAAACACAAGCGCUACGCCAAACAGCGGUACGCGUCCUUGUCCUUCUCUGCCUUGUGCGUUCCGCAUACCUUACAACGGAAUACGGACGGGGAGAGGUGGGUGAAGGGGCACAUACCACAGACAGUAGGGGGUAGUAGUACAUGUGUCGUUUCUUCACGGUUGAUUACAAUAUGCGCUUAAACAUCUAAGUAUCUGCUGCACUCACACACACCUCACCUUCCUUCACAUAAAUCAUGCGCA